GAACAAUUAAAAAUUCCAAGGUACAUUACUACGCGUGUCAAGGAGGUCUAUCCUGUUAAAAAGUCAAGCGAGAGAUGCAGAGUAUUUAAUGGAGAUGAGAAGGCCAAGGUGUCUUCCACUAUCAGUGGAUUUUCUAAUGAUGUUCCUAGUCCUGCUGCUUCUUUACCAGCAGAGGGCGAACCAUCGAUUUUGCGUGAAAAUCCUAGCCUCAUUAACAAAUCUGAAGGAUCUGACCAAUCCGCCAGAGACAUAAGUGAACAAGGUUUUCGGACGAUUGAAAAGUGUCGCCAAAAUGUGUUGCGCAAUGUUGUUCAGCUUCAUAUGGGAGAUGAGAAUCUUACCAAUUGUGCCAAAAUUGAUAUGGAAAAAGCACUUAGAGGGUUGGUAGCUCGUGAAAUUCCUUCCACCUCAGUUUCAUUGGCUGUCUCUUCUGGAAUAGUUGGUGGUUUUCCUACGAAUUCUUCAAGCAGUUCUUUUUCUGAAUUUGAGAUUCCAGGUUCAAGAGUACCUUGUGAUUUUACCUUAAAAACCACUCUGCGGUUGGUUUCGUCGUCCUCGGUGAAAUGGUGCCACAGAUUAUGUGCAAGUCCUGCUGUCUUUGUACUAUGCAGUUUGUGGUUUUGUUUCUUGGUGGCAAAUUUUUGGGGAAAAAGAGGCAUUCCUGCAAUGCUUACCUAUCACGGUCCACAUGUGGUUUGCGAUCCUUGCUCAGAGAACAUGUAAGUGUAGCCUGUGUCUUUUGAUACAUGAAAGAGAGAAUCUAUGCCUAUUUAUUAACACAUAAGUCAUGUUUUUUCGUGCUUUGUUGGGUUGUUGUGAAAAUUACUUCUAAUGCGGUUCUCUCUGGCUCUAGUAAUUUGAGAAAGUCAGUGUAUGGUAGUGGGAUUAUUGUCUAUUUCUUAUGGUAACUAUAUCAAGAGCAAUAGUGAAUUGAAUUAUAAGAAUAAAUAUGAAAGGUUUGGAAUUCUUGAUACAAGUUUAA